CUCAAAGAUUCAGAAGGACGAACAAUCAGACCAAAAAAAUGUUGCUGUUUUCUGCCGAGGAGCACUUACGGUUGCGCAAGCAGAGGCGCCUCGUGGGAACAGAGAUUGGUACGCUUCCAACGAAUCCGCAACAGAAUUCCCAACUUGGUCCUCCCUUUUAUUUUUUCGAUGGCGCUGCUUCUGAGACUGCAACAGUCGAGCCAAAAUUUGCUACUGAACAGUCGAGCCAAAAUGGCGCUGCUUCUGAUCCAAAAUUUGCUACAGUCGAGGGAAGCAAAAAAGCUACGUCGAUAUUAGAGGCCUUGCGAGAUCGUGUGUAUGCAGACCUAGUAGCGGCGAAGUUUUUUGUUCGGAGUGCUGUCGCUUCUCACGGCGUGGAUUUUGUCUGCUAUCCCUCCGACCCGGUCGCCGCACACGCUUAUCUGCUUGUGAAGUGUGUGGUGGACAAGAGAUCAAUUGCACCGCGAGAUCUCCUAGCGUGGACACGGGUAGCCCAGGGAGUCAAGAAAGACGUGUACCUCGCUUCAUUCUCACCCGAUGAAGACGUGGAGUCUGCUGCAACGGCAUCUGGAAGUAGAUUCGUAGGCGCAACUGAAGAGUCUGCUGCAACGGCAUCUGGAAGUGGAUUCGUAGGCGCAACUGAAGAGUCUGCUGCAACGGCAUCUGGAAGUAGAUUCGUAUGCGAACCUGAAGCUAGUAGGAGAGUAGAAGAGGCUGAGGUUCUUGCUGAAAAAAGUGGAGAUCUUCACACCUAUGGUUUGCGGAUAUCCUAUCGUAAGCUGGAAAUUCUGGGCAAUUAUCUCUGAGAAUGGCUGGCCAGUUUUGAGAACAGGCAGACAUGGAGCCCAAAAAUUGUAUGGCCGCCAGAUGCUCGUAUCAUGGUGCGCUUGGCGACGCGUGUACGUGACUUCUACAGCGCGACGAGCUUCGGUCCAGGACUGUUUGUCGAUGGGCUUUCCUACUGGUCACUGGACUGGGGUGAGAGCAAGAAAAAUCGUCCGCCACGGGAUUCGAACCCGCGUUCUCAGCCCUGAUACUGUCGCGGACGGGCUUUUCGCCGCGCGGCGCUGUCGCGUGAACUGCCGAAGCAGGGAAGCCAGCCUAUGGCCGAACCACUAGACCAGACGGACAAGACUGCUGGCCAGACGGACAAGACCAGACGGACAAGCUUUGGUUUCGGCAUGAGUUCGAUUUAUUAGGAAAGAGACGAAAAAAAUUGACGACGGAGGUAGAAAAUCCGACAAAUGUACAAGCGACAACUUUGCGGAAAUGUCUAGAGUAACAGCAACCUCAGUUACCCUUUCUCGCUGCGUUUCCUAGAGCAUCACAGCAUCGAGGAGAGCCGAUGUGGCUAAACAUCAGUCGAAUGGUGGGAGCUUCUUGUCUGACAUUGAAUUUAUACAUGGAGAUCCACCUUUGAUAUUGUCAAAUAUGAGCUUCUUUGAAUUUGCCGUUCGAGUCAUUGGUGUACAUUUUCCAUUGUCACGACCAGCAAUCAUUGACGUACAUCAAAGAUCAAUGUCUCU